GAAAGUCGAAAAGUGACCAUAAAUCAAUUCAGUUGGUUAAUACUUGCUCCCAGAAAGCACAUACGUAUUGAAAUACAUUGAAAAAUGUUUCCUGUAACGUGGUUUGAUCAAUUUUAUACAAAAUAUAUCAGAGAAGCAGGAGAUCCCAGAACAAAAGGAUGGUUCCUAGUGGAUUCACCCCUGCCUGCGUUAUUGAUAAACCUAGUUUAUUACAUAUUUGUAACCCGUCUAGGCCCUAAACUCAUGAAAAACCGCCCAGCGUUUAAUUUACGCUCUCUGAUUCUAACCUACAAUGCAUUGCAAGUUAUCCUCAAUGUGGGGAUAUUAUUCUGGGCGGAAACUACACCUCUACGUGAAAAUUGGUUCUGUAUGCGUGUAUACACUUCAGAUGAAGUUCGGAAUGCCCUAAUGCCACCGAUAGGCUACGCGUAUUACAUGAUGAAGUUCUUAGACAUGGCGGAUACCAUCUUUUUUGUUUUGACAAAGAAACAACACUUCGUGACGGCACUACACUUAUUUCACCAUACUUCAAUGGUUGGUGUGUCAUGGUUCGGUGUUAAGUAUCUACCAAGUGGUGCAUUAGCCAUUGCACCCUAUCUGAAUACCUGGGUGCAUGCUAUUAUGUACGCGUAUUAUUUCUGUACGUUGUAUUAUGGUAAACUUGGUCUCAAGUGGAAGAAACUAAUGACUUCGAUACAACUAGUGCAGUUUUUACUGGGUACUACACUAUUCAUCGCACAUUUACUGAAUCCAUGGUGUGACUUCCCCAAACUCAUCAUGAUCCCAGUCAUCAUGCACGGCUUGACCUUCAUCUACAUGUUCGGCAACUUCUACUACCAGAACUACGUGAUGCCAAAGAAACAAUGAUUUAUUAUAGUUUAGACAUAAACCUCAAGCGGUGGGCAGCUGUAAUGACGAAUAUUGCGUGGCAUCACCAUGCCUUGUUGUUCCGCUGCGCAUGCUUUCAUAUACUCAACAACCACCUCGACCAAAUCACUCGGUACAACCGGACCUAUGCCAGGAAUAGCCUCGACGAAUAUCUCAUCAACAGUAAACUUCCCUUCAACCACCAACUCUUGUUCUUCACCAACUUCUGGUUCUGCUAUGCUGUAUUCACCCAGUUGUUCAGCGGGUGCUUUGACAACUUCUGUACGCAUUUCGGAGGUUUGUGAAGCAGCGCUCAUUUCAUCAAUGAUAUCACUCUGUGAUUGUAGAUAUUUAUCAAAUUCCGGACCUUCCUCAGGUUCCACCACGUCGCCAUCUUCACGUUUGUCUAUUUUUUCUGAUAGUGUAGUAGAUACAUUAACAGAAGUAGACACAGAUGGCGUUUCUGGAGGUAAAGAAACACGUUUAUCUUGAUGUACCUCAGUGGAAGCAAACACAGACGAAACAGAUGGUUGAUCUUCUUGAUCCUGCUCAUUCUCAGCAACUGGAUCUUCAGUUAUUGCAGCUGUUUCUGAUUCUUCGUCAAUUUCAGUGAUUUUCUCAUCUUUCAUAGCGUUGUCUUUCGCUAGUGUCUGAAUUAAUGCACUGGCAUCAGAUAUAGGUUCCUCACCGAGUAUCUCAGAAUAUCUUUCGAAUUCUUCACCACCUUCACCCAUCUGGGCUGAGUGUAUGCGUACCUCGUGUUUUUUAAUCGUUUCGAUUUUGUCUUCAUCGUGUGAUGUAGCUCUGGCUGUUGCUACUCUUUCUUUAUCAUCUACUAGAGUAGAUUUGCUUCCUUGAUCAAGGAUAUCACUGUCUUCACUUGACGCCUGCGCGGCUAACUCAUCGAUUAAGUCAGGACAGGAUAAUAUAUCUAAUUUGACCUCUUCGACUUUGUCUUCUUCUUCGACGAUUUCAGACACACUGCUUACUUCUUUCUCUACCUGCUCUUUUUUCUCAUCCUCCACGUCGACCUUUUCCUUCUGUUGUUCUUUUUUCUCGAGCAGAGCGAGUAAUUCAUCAGGGAAAUAUUGAUUUAAAAGGACUUGACCUUUGGACGCGUCGAUAUUUGCAAGGAAUGUGUAAAUGUCGAUGAAGGUCUCGACUGAGAUCAUUGCCGAACCACCUUCGGGUUCUUCAGUGACAACUUCACAGAAUAAUAUCAUAGUUUGAGUCAGAUUCUACAAUUUUAAAUAAAAACCUCACAAAUUGA